AUGACAGCAACAAACAACAACAGCAACUAUAUCGUUUCUGAUGAAAAAGUUGAUUCAUUAGUUGAGGAAUUAGUUGAGGAAUUAGCUGAGGAAUUAGUUAUGGCAGAAACUAAAACCCUCAACGAAAGAAUUGGUGAAAACAAGAUUGAUUUACAUAACUACCUCAAACAUGAUGGAGGAAGAGGAAGGAAAACUGGUAUGGCUUUAUUAGUAAAUAAAAUUUCGAAUUUAACGAUUAUAGAUGUUGAUAUCAAUAAAUCGUACAAUGAUGAACUUAAAGAAAUGGUUAGAAAAGACAUUCUAUCAAAACUUUCGGAUAAAGAUGUUAUCGUUAAAACCGCUUCAGGAGGUCUUCACAUUUAUUGCAACACUAAUUUCUUCUAUGCAGUUUCGAACAGAAUGAUUAAAUGUUAUUCCUGCAAUGAUUAUGAUAUUGACAUAAUGACUUCUAUUGAUGAUUCAAAACGUUCUUUAGUAGUUAUGGCUGAUUCAAGAGUUCGCAAGAAUGCAACAGAACCAAUCAAUACAUACUCAUUCAUUCGUGGAAGUUAUGAUUCAACAUUAACUAGAACAGUGAAUGAUAUAUUAAAUGAUUUGAAUAUUAAGGUAAGAGUUGAACAGAAGAAUGAAGAAAUAAAGACCAUCGUCAAUGAAAACAAAGAUGUAAACAUUGACGAUAAACUAGCUCAGAGCAUAGUUGAUGGCAUCUGUGAUUUUGAAGUACAUAAUGACGGUGGAAACAUGAAUUUAGAAAAAGAAAUAACAUUAUUCACACUGUUUCAAGCUAUUAAUUCGUUACCUAAUCAUUUAAUUAAUGAAGCAUACGACAACGUUUAUAACUUCUGCAAUUUAACUGAAAAUGCAAAAAGUAAUUUUGAAAAUGCACGUAAUAGAUAUGCACAUUUAA